AUGGAGCGCAUGGAAAAAACCAUGGACGCCAUCGCGAACGAUUUCAGCACCGUGCGCACGGGACGGGCGAACGCGGCGGUGUUGGACCGAAUCGAGGUGGAUUACUACGGAGCGCCGACGCCGCUGAAGACGAUCGCGAACGCGUCGACGCCGGACGCGCAGACCAUCACCAUUCAACCGUUCGAUAAGAGCGCGAUUAAGGAUAUCGAACGCGCGAUUAAUGAAUCUGAUCUCGGGAUGAACCCGUCGAACGAUGGGAACAUCAUUCGAUUGAACGUGCCGCCGUUGACGGCGGAGCGGAGAAAGGAACUCGCGAAGCUCGUGAGUAAACUCGGCGAGGAUGGAAAGGUUGCGCUGCGCAACGUGCGACGGGACGCGAUGAAGGCGUACGAAAAGUUGGAAAAGGCGGGGUCGUUCGGUGAGGACGAGAUCGCAAAGUUGAAGAAGAGCAUGGAGGAUUUGACGGCGUCGUACGUGAAGAAGGUGGACGAGCUCACCAAGGCGAAGGAGACCGAGUUGCAAAAAGUUUAA